AUGUCUGUUUUGCAGCGCCGAGCAGUCACCACUGCAACCGCCGCUGUCUACAGGAGGGAAGAGGCAGAGACAGAGGCAGCGCAGCAGGUGGAAGUGCUCAAGAUAGUGGAGGAGGAAGUGAGCUGGACAGCUACUGUCCACUGGGAUGCCCUGCCUCACUGGCUGCAGGAUAACCAACACAUCCAUACCGGCUACCGGCCUGCCUCUUCCUCAUUCCUGCGGAGCUUUCACUCGCUGACCUACGUCCACAAUGAAACUGUCAACAUCUAUACCCACCUGCUCCCGGCCAUCCUUACCAUACCGAUGUCGUUCAUCCUCUACCAGGCUCUUUCGCCACGAUACCACACAGCAACUCCGGCGGAUAUAGUCGUGUUCAGCUGUUUCUUCGCUGGUGCGGCGUUCUGUCUCGGGAUGAGCGCCCUAUACCAUACGAUAUCAAACCACUCGCCGUGGGUCGCUUACAUCGGUAACGCAUGCGACUACCUUGGAAUAAUAGGUCUGAUCACCGGCAGCUUCAUACCCAGUAUCUACUAUGGCUUUUACUGUAUGCCACAGUUCCAGAGACUGUACUGGGGUAUGAUUGUGGUCCUAGGAGCUGGAUGUGCAGCCGUUGCGACAAUCCCACGUUUCCGUGCACCGGCCCUCCGGCCUAUUCGAGCAGCCAUGUUCGUAGCCUUGGGCCUCUCUGCUAUAUUUCCUGUUACGCAUGGUGUGGUUGUGCUUGGAUUUAGCCAGGCGCGCCAGCAGAUUGGACUGGACUGGAUGAUAACGCAAGGAGUGCUCUAUAUCACUGGUGCAGCUAUAUAUGCUGCCAGGGUACCCGAGUGCCUACAUCCGGGCAAGUACGACAUUAUCGGGCACUCGCAUCAGAUAUUCCACGUCCUAGUCGUCCUUGCGGCCGGCGCCCACCUGACUGGCCUCCUGAACGCCUUUGAUUACCGACACAGCCUAGCGAUUCAAUGCUGA